CACAGCAUAGAAACAAGGAGGGGAAAGGAAAUACCUUUGAACGCCAAGAUCGACACGGUCACCUCGCCCACCGCCGGCCGAUAGCUAUCAAUUACAUACACCAUCGUCGCAUUGGUGGCCUGCACGAUCGCGAAGUUCAGCAGCCCCAGCCCCAGCGUCGGCACCAUCCAGUGCAGCCGGUUGUCUAUGCCCACCCCGUACAGCAUCAGCGCUACCGGCGCGCAGACUCCCCCGAUGACGACUGAGGGCAGUCGCAUCUCUGGGUGCCGGAUGCCGCCGUUGCGGCGCGUGAACCAGUCCGCCAUCCAGUCCGACAGGUGCCCGCCGAAGGCGAUGCCGAUUGCCGAGCCUACUAUUCCCGAGAUGAAGCAGAGCCCGAUCUGCCAGAUCAUCUGGCGAGACUCAGCAUCCCCGGCUGAAUACGAGGAGGCCCGCGUAGGGAGAGUCUUCAACCACCGCCGUCCCGAUCGCUUUCCGCUGGCCGUGGUCAAAGCAACUUGCCAGGAAGAUAUCAUUGCAGCGGUCAAGCUUGCAAAAGCAAAAAACUGUCGACUGGCCGUGCGCUCCGGGGGCCACUCGUGGGCUGCCUGGAGCGUGCGCGACAAUUCCAUCCUGCUCGAUCUGGGCAGUUACAAGCAGCUGGACGUCGAUCCAGCCACUCUCACAGCGAGAGCAACCUCCAGCAUGACGGGGCGCGAACUCAAUGGCGUUCUUAUCAAAGAGCACAAUCUGAUGUUCCCCGGUGGGCAUUGUCCCGAUGUCGGGCUGGGCGGAUUCCUUCUACAGGGUGGCAUGGGAUGGAAUUGUCGGAAUUGGGGCUGGGCAUGCGAACGCGUGCAAGCCGUCGACGUCGUCACUGCCCAGGGCGAUGUUCUACAUUGCAAUGCCACGCAGAAUCGCGAGCUCUACUGGGCCGCACGAGGAUCCGGACCGGGAUUCCCAGGCGUUAUCUCUAAGUACCAUCUCGAAUUGAUCCCCUACCCCGGAGACGGAUUUCGUUCCUCAGGCUACAUUUACCCUAUCCGUCUCUAUCGGGAAGCCUUCGACUGGGUUCUCAAAGUCACACCCGGGUCGGAUCAAGACACCGAGAUCGCAGUUGUGGCGCAGUACCCCGAAGGGAUGGACGAGCUCUGUCUCUUGGUGCUCUUUGUGACGAUGAAGCACACCCCAACCGAAGCGGAGACCGCACUGCGUGCCCUGCACGAUUCCCGACCGGCCGGAGCUAUCACGGAAUGGUUCUGCCAGGAAGACAGCCUGGAGAAGCAGUACGAGAACCAGUUCAAAGCCAACCCAGAGGGUCACCGGUACUGCGCGGAGAACGCAUAUCUCCGCAACGACGCCGACGUGCCGGCCGUGCUGGAGGAGGCGUUCACCACCCUCCCGCACCGGAAGGCCUUUGCACUCUGGUACGCCAUGUACCCCUGCAGUCGCCGCAAGCUGCCGGACAUGGCGCUCAGCAUGCAGACGGACCAUUAUUUUGCCUUGUACACCGUGUGGGAGGAUGCUAAGGACGAUGCGCGUUGCCAGGCGUGGGUCCACGACACAAUGAAGAAGGUGGAGCGGCAUGCAGAGGGAUCUUACUUGGGUGAUGCCGAUUUCCAGGCCCGCAAGACUAAAUUCUGGGCGGACUCCAAUGCACGAAGGCUGAUGGAGAUUCGACGGAAGUAUGACCCUGAGGGGAGAAUCUGUGGGUAUCUGGAUAAAGGGGACGUGUCGGGCACUCGGGGCCUAGUCAAUGACUAUGAGUUUAAGCUGUGA